AUGGUGGGCAGACUAAAAAAAGGAAGACACAGCCAUGAGAAAGUCCAUCAGCCCUGCAGAGAGACUGGCUGUGACCCAAUACACUUUCUGUUAAAAGGAGAGACAUUCACAUCUCUCGUCUACGUAUUCUGUAUAAGUCACAAUGCCAUCUCAGAGAUUGUCAUUGAGACAUGCAAGGAGCUGUUAAGUGUGCUGAAGACAGACUAUCUGAAGGUGAAAAGCAAUAGCCCAGGGAUAAGAUGGCGCCGAUACACAUGGCCACCUUCUUUCAGACUCCUAAGCAACAUUGCAGUAUAUAUACAGUACCAGUCAAAUGUUUAGACACACCUACUAAUUCAAAAGUUUUUCUUUAUUUUUUACUAUUUUCUACAUUGUAGAAUAACAGUGAAGACAUCAAAUCUAUGAAAUAACACACGUUAUUUUAUAUUUCAGAUUCUUCAAAUUAGCCACCCUUUGCCUUGAUGACAGCUUUGCACACUCUUGGCAUUCUCUCAACCAGCCUCACCUGGAAUGCUUUUCCAACAGUCUUGAAGGAGUUCCCACAUAUGCUGAGCACUUGUUGGCUGAUUUUCCUUCACUCUGUGUUCCAGCUCAUCGCAAAUCAUCUAAAUUUGGUUGAGGUCGGGUGAUUGUGGAGGCCAGGUCAUCUGAUGCAGCACUCCAUCACUCUCAUUCUUGGUCAAAUAGCGCUUACAACAGCCUGGAGGUUUGUUGGGUCAUUGUCCUGUUGAAAAACAAAUGAUAGUCCCACUAAGUGCAAACCAGAUGGGAUGGCGUAUUGCUGCAGAAUGCUGUGGUAGCCAUGCUGGUUAAGUGUGCCUUGAAUUCUAAAUAAAUCACUGACAGUGUCACCAGCAAAGAACUCCCACACCAUCACACCUCCUCCUCCAUGCUUCACGGUGGGAACUACACAUGCAGAGAUCAUCCGUUCACCCACUCUGCGUCUCACAAAGACGAACCAAAAAUCUCACAUUUGGACUCAUCAGACCAAAGGACAGAUUUCCACCAGUCUAAUGUCCAUUGCUCAUGUUUCUUGGACCAAGUAAGUCUCUUCAUCUUAUUGGUGUCCUUUAGUAGUGUCACAUCUUCCUCCGAAGCUGCCCCCUCUCCUUGUUCGGGCAGGCUUCAGCGUUCAUCGUCACCGGCCUUCUAGCCACUGCCGCUCCUCAUCUCAUCAUUCCAUUUGUUUUGUCUUGUUUAUUACACACACCUGGUUCAUAUCCCCUCAUCAGUCCCUAUAUAAGUGAUCCCUCUGCCCCCUUUUCUUUGUGUGUGAUUGUUUAUUGUUGUUGGAGCUCCUUGUAUUUUGUAUCGCCAGGAUAUUUCCCUGUGUGCCUUGUUAUUUCCCAGUGCGCCUGAUUUACGCACUGGAGUGUUUGACGCAUUGCUGCGUACUGCUGUGUUUUCGGAAUAAACCAUUUUAUUCUGUGAUUUACCCUCCUGCGCCUGACUCCUUCAAAAUCACUCACCACAGAAUCACAUACCAAGACAUGGAGUCAGCAGGAGAAGAGCACAUGCCUGGAGUCAUGGCGCGGGUCCAGGAGCAUUCUACGAUGCUAGCCGGCUUGGGAGAAGCGAUGGAUCGGGCUCUCCAGGUCAUCCAAUGCCUGGAGAGGAGAGGACCCGACCCUUCGGGACCAGCUGAGCGACCGGAUCCAGCCACCCACACCCCAGCACCCAGAGGGAUUCAUCUAUCCCAACCGAGGGAUUAUGACGGGACAGCUGCCCGCUGCCAGGGAUUCCUCCUGCAGCUGGACCUCUACCUCUCAACCAUCAGCCCGGCUCCAUCGGAGCGGGAUAAGGUGUCCGCCCUCAUCUCCUGCCUCUCGGGGAAAGCCCUGGAGUGGGCCAACGCGGUCUGGAGUGAAGGAGGAGCCGCGUUGGACAACUACGGGGAGUUCACUCGCCUCUUCCGGGCCGUCUUCGAAGAGAGGCGGGCGAGCGACCGUUCCAACUGAGGCAGGGGACAAGGACCAUGCAGGACUUUGCCCUGGAGUUUCGUACUCUAGCGGCUGGGAACGAGCGGGCCCUCAGCGACAGAUUCUGGUGCAGCCUGCGAGAGGACGUCCGAAGGGAGCUAGCCUGCCGGGAUACCAUGUUGACUUUCGACCAGCUGGUGGACAUGGCCAUCCGGUUGGACAACCUGCUAGCUGCAAGAGGAUGUCCUGGAAGUGGCCUGCCCGUUUCACCCCACUUCAACUCGGAUUCAGUUCCGAUGGAGCUGGGUGGUGCAGCGAUCCGGGAGAACGGAGGAUGACAACUCCAGUGUCACGCUUGUGGCAGGAGAGGACAAUCUGCUGCACGCUGUCGUCAGGGUUCUUCUGGAUCUGGAGGCGGCAGGCAGGGCACUCUCGCAUCACCCCAGGUAGCGCAAACCCACACUCGUUCAGAGCCCUCUGCUGCGCACUGCACCAUACAUGUCACCUUCCCUGACUACACAGUAGCUUCCCAGUGUAAGGCGCUGGUCGUUUCAGGCGCAGCUGGGAACUUUAUGGACAGGUCGUUAGCUCAUAGUCUAGGUAUUACGUUGGUUCCCCUAUCCAUUCCACUGCCCAUCAAAGCACUUGACAGUCGACCAUUAGGGUCAGGGUUUGUUAGGGAAGUUACAGCACCAGUCACAAUGGUUACGCACAAGACCCAUAGAGAGCAAGUUACCUUUUUUAUUAUUGAGUCUCCUGAUUUCCCUGUUGUGUUGGGUCUUCCCUGGUUAGCACUACACAACCCCACCUUUUCAUGGGGUGGUCGCGAGAGUGUCAGGGGAGGUGUCUCGCUGUUUCCGUUCGUGCGCAUUCCCCCCGAAUACCUCGAUUUGCCGCACGCGUUUUCCAAAAUGCAGGCGGCCAAAUUACCACCUCAUCGGGCGGGGGAUUGUGCGAUAAACCUCAGGUUAGACGCUGCGCCUCCCAGGAGUCAUGUAUAUCCCCUGUUGCAGGGUGAAACAGAGGCGAUGGAGACAUACGUCUCCGAGUCCCUGCGCCCAGGGGUUCAUACGUCCCUCCACUUCUCCCACCUCCUCGAGUUUCUUUUUUGUGAAGAAGAAAGACGGAGGUCUGCGCCCUUGCAUUGAUCACCGAGCACUUAACAAGGGGAUAAUGCGCUAUAGUUAUCCUCUACCCCUCAUUCCAUCUGUAAUCGAGUCAAUGCAUGGGGCAUGCUUCUUCACAAAAUUAGAUCUCCGGAGUGUGUACAACCUGGUACUUGUCCGAGGGGGGACGAGUGGAAGACAGCAUUCAGCACAACCACGGGGCAUUACAAAUACCUGGUGAUGCCGUACGGUUUAAUGAAUGCUCCAUCAGUCUUCCAAUCCCUUUGUGAACGAGGUGUUUCGGGAAAUGCUUGGUUGCGGUGUAGUGGUCUACAUAGAUGACAUUCUGGUGUAUUCCGCUACGCGCACCGAGCAUGUGUUCCUGGUUCGCAAAGUGCUGGGCCGACUUUUGGAAAAUUACCUUUAUGCCAAGGCAGAAAAGUGUCUGUUUUUCCAGCAGUCCGUCUCCUUCCUCGGAUACCGCAUCAACACCUCAGGUGUGGAGAUGGAGGGAGAUCGCAUUUCAGCCGUGCGUAAUUGGCCGACUCCAACUACGGUAAAGGAGGUGCAGCGCUUUAUUGGCUUUGCCAACUACUAUCAGAGGUUUAUCCGGGGCUUUGGCAAGGUCGCAGCUCCCAUCACCUCUCUGUUGAAGGGUGGGCCGUCCCGGCUCCGCUGGUCUGCUGAGGCUGACAGGGCUUUCAGUAACCUGAAGGCUCUGUUCACCUCAGCCCAGGUACUGGUCCAUCCCGAUCCAUCAUUACCGUUCGUAGUGGAGGUGGAUGCGUCCGAGGUAGGGAUAGGCGCUGUCCUAUCUCAACGCUCGGGCACGCCACCUAAGUUCCACCCCUGUGCCUUCUUCUCCAAGAAGCUCAGCCCGGCGGAGCAGAACUACGACGUUGGUGAUCGGGAGCUGUUGGCUGUCGUCCGAGCCAUGUGGAGGCACUGGCUCGAGGGGGCGAAACACCCUUUCCUCGUCUGGACUGACCAACGUAACCUGGAGUACAUCCAGGCAGCGAGGAGGCUGAACCCUCGCCAGGCCAGGUGGGCCCUGUUCUUCACCCGGUUUGAUUUUACACUGUCCUACAUACCGGGUACAAAGAACGUGAAGGGGCGAGGGUUAGGGGCGGGGAACGCGUAGACAAGAUGGCGUAUUGAAUAGAAAGCAGUACAAAACACCUCAUGAUAAAAACAUAAUAUUCCAAAUCAGUAAGUUAGACUAAAUAUUAGCAUUUCAUAUAUUCGCAGUUAAUAUAAUUCAAUCUGGAUAAUAACACAAAACAGAUCAUGAGGCUAGAGAAAUAUAUCGACAAAUAUUACAACAACACGCAACACCCAAACAUGACUGAAGAUAAGCGUGGAGAGCCGAUCCCCAAAAGGAAACGCGACUCACCACUGGGUAUGGUAAGUGUGGAAAGCGACCUGUUGAAGUCGAUAAAUGACAAAUUGGGCAUACUAGAAUUGGUCAGUAAAGACGUAAAAGAGUUGAAAGCGAGUCUUUAAAUGAGUGACGAAAAAGCUUUGGUGAUGGAGAAAGAAACCAAAAAAUUUAAAGUGACAGUCUCUAAGAUGGAAACGGACGUUAGGGAACUAAAAAAGGAGAACAACAGAAUGCGGUCGGACCAUCAUAUAAUUGGCAUAUACAUUACUCUUACUGAAUUUCCACGUGGGCGAGGAUAUUGGAAAUGUAAUCAAAGCCUAUUGGAUGAUAAUUUAUUUAUAAUUAGAAGAAAGGAAUUUAUAACUGACUUUUUCCGACAUAACAUAGGUACAGCAAAUCCCCUUAUUGUAUGGGACACCUUUAAAUGUGCCUUUAGAGGCCAUGCAAUUCAGUACUAAUCUCGAAAACAAAAGCAAUUUUGGUCAAAAGAGUUUAUACUAACAAAGGAAAUAGAAAGUCUAACAGAACAGAUAGAUGGCAAUAAAAACUGUAACAUAGAGGCACAGAAUAAAUUAGAGGAAAAACAAAAAGAAAUGGAGAAACUUAUUCAAGAAAGAUCAAGUGUAAUAUAUUAUAAAAAUAAAGCAAACUGGAUGGAAUAUGGGGAAAAAUGCACAAAAUUCUUUUUCAAUCUUCAACAUAGGAAUGCUACCAAAAAUAACUUAAUGAAACUGGUUACAAUUGACGGAGUUACCCAUGAUUCACCAAAUGAUAUUUUGAAGGAGGAAACAAAGUACUUUAAGCAUAUGUUUUCUUUUCAGUCGCCUCCAUCUCCUCUAACUGAAGCUAAUUGUAGUGAUUUUUUUUCUAUUGAUAAUGUCAAAUUAACAGCCAUACAGAAAGACUCAUGUGAAGGUGAAAUUACAGAGGAGGAACUUCUGGAUGCAAUUAAAGACUUUAAGUCUGGGAAAACUCCAGGUUUGGUUGGCAUACCAGUCGAGGUAUACCAAACCUUAUUUGAUAUACUAAGAGGACCGUUAUUAGCAUGUUUUAACCACUCCUAUGUAAAUGGUAGAUUAUCUGACACUCAAGAAGAAGGUCUGAUCUCAUUAUUACUGAAACAGGAUACAAGUGGAAAAUAUAAAGAUCCAGUCCAUUUAAAAAAUUGGAGGCCCCUUACACUUCAGUGUUGUGAUGCAAAAAUUCUAGCAAAAUGUAUAGCGCAUAGAAUUUAAAAGGUAUUGUCGGAUAUUAUUCAUUCUAAUCAGACAGGUUUUUUUUACAUGGAAGAUACAUUGGAGAUAAUAUAAGGCAAGUAUUGGAAACAAUAGAACACUAUGGAAAAUAUGGGAAACCAGGCCUGCUUUUCAUAGCAGACUUCGAAAAGGCAUUUGAUAAAGUACGACUGGGGUUUAUAUAUACAGUGGGGAGAACAAGUAUUUUAUACACUGCCGAUUUUGCAGGUUUUCCUACUUACAAAGCAUGUAGAGGUCUGUAAUUGUUAUCAUAGGUACACUUCAACUGUGAGAGACGGGAUCUAAAACAAAAAUCCAGAAAAUCACAUUAUAUGAUUUUUAAGUAAUUAAUUUGCAUUUUAUUGCAUGACAUAAGUAUUUGAUACAUCAGAAAAGCAGAACUUAAUAUUUGGUACAGAAACCUUUGUUUGCAAUUACAGAGAUCAUACGUUUCCUGUAGGUCUUGACCAGGUUUGCACACACUGCAGCAGGGAUUUUGGCCCACUCCUCCAUACAGACCUUCUCCAGAUCCUUCAGGUUUCGGGGCUGUCGCUGGGCAAUACGGACUUUCAGCUCCCUCCAAAGAUUUUCUAUUGGGUUCAGGUCUGGAGACUGGCUAGGCCACUCCAGGACCUUAAGAUGCUUCUUACGGAGCCACUCCUUAGUUGCCCUGGCUGUGUGUUUCGGGUCGUUGUCAUGCUGGAAGACCCAGCCACAACCCAUCUUCAAUGCUCUUACUGAGGGAAGGAGGUUGUUGGCCAAGAUCUCGCGAUACAUGGCCACAUCCAUCCUCCCCUCAAUACGGUGCAGUCGUCCUGUCCUCAUUGCAGAAAAGCAUCCCCAAAGAAUGAUGUUUCCACCUCCAUGCUUCACGGUUGGGAUGGUGUUCUUGGGGUUGUACUCAUCCUUCUUCUUCCUCGAAACACGGCGAGUGGAGUUUAGACCAAAAAGCUCUAUUUUUGUCUCAUCAGACCACAUGACCUUCUCCCAUUCCUCCUCUGGAUCAUCCAGAUGGUCAUUGGCAAACUUCAGAUGGGCAUGGACAUGCGCUGGCUUGAGCAGGGGGACCUUGCGUGCGCUGCAGGAUUUUAAUCCAUGACGGCGUAGUGUGUUACUAAUGGUUUUCUUUGAGAAUGUGGUCCCAGCUCUCUUCAGGUCAUUGACCAGGUCCUGCCGUGUAGUUCUGGGCUGAUCCCUCACCUUCCUCAUGAUCAUUGAUGCCCCACGAGGUGAGAUCUUGCAUGGAGCCCCAGACCGAGGGUGACUGACCGUCAUCUUGAACUUCUUCCAUUUUCUAAUAGUUGCGCCAACAGUUGUUGCCUUCUCACCAAGCUGCUUGCCUAUUGUCCUGUAGCCCAUCCCAGCCUUGUGCAGGUCUACAAUUUUAUCCCUGAUGUCCUUACACAGCUCUUUGAUCUUGGCCAUUGUGGAGAGGUUGGAGUCUGUUUGAUUGAGUGUGUGGACAGGUGUCUUUUAUACAGGUAACGAGUUCAAACAGGUGCAGUUAAUACAUGUAAUGAGUGGAGAACAGGAGGGCUUCUUAAAGAAAAACUAACAGGUCUGUGAGAGCCAGAAUUCUUACUGGUUGGUAGGUGAUCAAAUAUUUAUGUCAUGCAAUAAAAUGCAAAUGAAUUACUUAAAAAUCAUACAAUGUGAUUUUCUGGAUUUUUGUUUUAGAUUCCGUCUCUUACAGUUGAAGUGUACCUAUGAUAAAAAUUACAGACCUCUACAUGCUUUGAAAACCUGCAAAAUCGGCACUGUAUCAAAUACUUGUUCUCCCCACUGUAAAUGCCUGGAGCAUUUCAAUUUUGGAGAAUCUCUUAUAAAAUGCGUCAAAAUCAUGUAUAGUAACCCUAGGUGUAAAAUAGUAAAUAAUGGCUAUUUCUCAGAAAGUUUUAAACUGUCAAGAGGAGUGAAACAAGGUUGUCCACUAUCGGCAUAUCUAUUUAUUGUGGCCAUCGAGAUGUUAGCUAUUAAAAUCAGAUCCAAUAAUAAUAUCAGAGGAUUAGAAAUCCAGGGCUUAAAAACAAAGGUGUCAUUGUACGCUGAUGAUUCAUGUUUUCUUUUAAAUCCACAACUUGAAUCCCUCCAAAGCCUCAUAGAGGAUCUAGAUACAUUUUCUAACAUCUCUGGAUUACAACCAAAUUAUGAUAAAUGUACUAUAUUACGUAUUGGAUCACUAAAAAAUAAAAUCUUUACAUUACCAUGUAGUUUACCAAUAAAAUGGUCUGAUGGUGAUGUGGAUAUAUUCGGUAUACAUAUCCCAAAAGAAAUAAAUGAUCUCACUACAAUAAAUUCAAAUAGAAAGUUAGCAAAAAUACAUUGCCUUGCAAAAGUAUUCAUCCCCCUUGGCGUUUUUCCUAUUUUGUUGCACUACAACCUGUAAUUUAAAUGGAUUUUUAUUUGGAUUUCAUGUAAUGGACAUACACAAAAUAGUCCAAAUUUGAAAUGAAAAAACAAUUUUUUUCAUAAAAUUCUACAAAAUUAAUAACGGAAAAGUGGUGCAUGUAUAUGUAUUCACCCCCUUUGCUAUGAAGCCCCUAAAUAAGAUCUGGUGCAACCAAUUACCUUCAGAAGUCACAUAAUUAGUUAAAUAAAGUCCACCUGUGUACAAUCUAAGUGUCACAUGAUCUGUCACAUGAUCUCAGUACAUAUACACCUGUUCUGAAAGGCCCCAGAGUCUGCAACACCGCUAAGCAAAGGGCACCACCAAGCAAGCGGCAUCAUGAAGACCAAGGCACUCUCCAAACAGGUCAGGGACAAAGUUGUGGAGAAAUACAGAUCAGGGUUGGGUUAUAAAAAAUAUAUCUGAAACUUUGAACAUCCCACGGAGCACCAUUAAAUCCAUUAUAAAAAAAAUGGAAAGAAUUUGGCACCACAACAAACCUGCCAAGAGAGGGCCGCCCACCAAAACUCACGGACCAGGCAAGGAGGGCAUUAAUCAGAGAGGCAACAACGAGACCAAAGUUAACCCUGAAGGAGAUUGGAGUAUCUGUCCAUAGGACCACUUUAAGCCGUACACUCCACAGAGCUGGGCUUUACGGAAGAGUGGCCAGAAAAAAGCCAUUGCUUAAAGAAAGAAAUAAUGGUAUACUUAAUAAGAUAAUAUAAUACUUAUUUCCCUCAUUAAAAUGCAAAUCAAUUUAUAACAUUUUUGAAAUGCGUUUUUCUGGAUUUUGUUGUUGUUAUUCUGUCUAUCACUCUUCAAAUAAACCUACCAUUAAAAUUAUAGACUGAUCAUGUCUUUGUCAGUGGGCAAAUGUACAAAAUCAGCAGGGGAUCAAAUACUUUUUUCCCUCACUGUAUGUGUGUACUUUUUUUACUUGUAUACUCUAUAUGUGCAAGGACCUUAUUUGGCAUAUUGUUCUAUUCACUAUCUGUCAUAUUUGAUUUGCAGAGAGAUCAAUCAGUCAAAAACGUUUUUUCUCCAUCAAUAAAACAUGGGAGAUAUUUGAGAUGUAUAAUUGAAUUGUUGUGUCUUUCUCCUUUUACAACAAUAUAUCACAUCGAAAUGUGUAAAAAUGGAGGAAAACAUAUUUGUUGGCACGAGGUGACGCUGUUGACCAUUAAAGUUUCUGAAGUUUGAUUCUCUUCAGCAUUUGGAUGUCCAGUCAGAUAAGAUAAAGUAUGUGUUUGGUGAACAACACGGGUAUCUUUUGGUUAUCACUACGGCAACAGCCUCUAGGAACAAUAAAAACACAAUAUUUAUAUCUUACAGUUAACUGAGAAAAUGAAGAAAACAAAUAAAACAACAUGUAUGUGUGGGAGCACUGUCCCAGGGAUGGACUGGGCCGUCUUCACCACCCCCUGAAGGGCCUUGCGGUUGUGAGCGGAGCAGUUUCCGUUCCAGGCCGUGGAACUUGAAACUGCUGACUGUCCACCGCAGUCACAUCAAUGUGAAUCGGGGCAUGUCCUCUCUGCUUCCUGAAGUCGACAAUCAGCUCCUUUGUUUUGCUGACGUUGAGGAAGAGGUUAUUGUCCUUGCACCACACUGCCAGGGCUCCCUGUAGGCUGACUUGCCGUUGUCAGUGAUCAGGCCUACAACCGUGGUGUCAUCAGCAAACUUGAUGAUGAUGUUUGUGCCGUGCUUCGCCACACAGUUGUGGGUGAACAGGGAGUACGGCAGUGGGCUGAGCACGAAUCCCUGGGGGCCCCCGUGUUGAGAGUCAGUGUGAAGGAGGUGUUGUUGCCAACCCUCACAGCCUGUGGUCUGCCCAUCAGGAAGUCCAGGAUCCAGUUGCAGAGGGUGGUGUCCAGACCUAGGGCCCUGAGCUUAGUGUUGAGCUUGGAGGGAACAAUAGUAUUGAAUGCUGAACUGUAGUCAGUAAUGCAGCCGAUCAGGACGCUCUCGAUGGUGCAUUGGUAAAAGUUGGAGAGGGUCUGGGGGGGACAGGCCGAACUUCUUCAGCCGCCUGAGAAAGUAGAGGCGCUGUUGCGCUUUCAUGACCAGACUGGUGGUGUUGUGGGUCCAUGUCAAGUUCUCGGUGAUGUGGACGCAAAGGAACUUGAAACUGCUCACUCUCUCCAAUUCCCAAUGAUGAUGCGCUCUACUGUAUGACUAUUCUUCAUUCUUUACUCCCUACUUUCCCACUAUAGUACUUUAUUAUAGGAUAAAUUAAGCUACACCACAAACAAACUCCAGAGGCUACAUCAGACGAGUAACUUUUGCAUUUCAAUGAAACCUGGGCGUGAUUGUGCCGGCUCCUCGAGAGGCUCGCGCUCUGCUUACCCUGAAGCUUCCAGUGUAGCAGGUAUAAAAAACCAACUGCUUUUGCAAUGUCCCAGCGUAGCUCCUAUUUUAGGCUACUGCAACUCUUUGCAGUUUGGUGGUUAUCAGUUUUUUUUAAAUCACCUACCUAAUGGGGCAACCACAGAGCAGGCUCAACUUGCCCGGCUGCCAUAAAUUAUCUUUCACUUAAACAAUGGGGAUGAACCAGAAGGAUCAGUUUUAGGCUAGGCCUACUGGAAUUCUUUACAGUUUUGUUGUUUUCAGUUUCCUGGGGAAACUUGUAGACAGGGGCGUCAUGCACCCAUUAUUUUAGAGGGGGCACGAAGUACGUGAGGAUGGAGGGGAGGUGGUAAUAGAGUCAAAAUACAUUUCACAACUCUUGCAUCUGUAGUGAUUUUUAUUUAUUUUUUACCAUCAAAGGAUGAGAGGGUCAGAAAAAGGUCAAACAUGAGUUAACAGUCUGCAGUAUCUUCACCCAAUUCAUUGGAAUUCCAAGAUCUGAUUUCCAGUGGUGGAAAAAUUACCCAAUUGUCAUACUUGAGUAAAAUUAAAGAUACACUACAUGUCAAAAGUUUGGACACACCUACUCAUUCAAGGGUGUUUCUUUAUUUUUACUAUUUUUUACAUUGUAUAAUAAUAGUGAAGACAUCAAAACUAUUAAAUAACAAUCAUAUAGUAACCAAACAAGUGUUAAACAAAUCAAAAUAUAUUUUAUAUUUGAGAUUCUUCAAAGUAGCCACCCUUUGCCUUGAUGACAGCUUUGCACACUCUUGGCAUUCUCUCAACCAGCUUCACCUGGAAUGCUUUUCCAACAGUCUUGAAGGAGUUCCCACAUAUGCUGAGCACUUGUUGGCUGCUUUUCCUUCACUCUGCGGUCCGACUCAUCCCAAACCAUCCCAAUUGGGUUGAGGUCGGGGGAUUGUGGAGGCCAGGUCAUCUGAUGCAGCACUCCAUCACUCUCCUUCUUGGUAAAAUAGCCCUUACACAGCAUGGAGGUGUGUUGGGUCAUUGUCCUGUUGAAAAACAAAUGAUAGCCCCACUAAGCUUGACAGACACAAAGCCAGUGAAAACAGCUAAAUAGCUGGGGGGGACGGACUAUAAACAAAGCAUACAGAUACUGUCAAUACAUCUGUAUCCAGUGGAACUUUCAAUACAUUUCCAACACUACAAAGCAAAGCAUUGAUAUUGACCCAAACCAGUCAAUCAGUCAUAGGGGUAAUGACACAUUUGUUUGUUUUAAAUGUAUUUUUAUUGGAGAAUACAAAGGAACUGAUAUUGCAUGGUAGCAAUGUUUCUUCCCCAUUUUAUUUGUGGUUUCCCUCUCCCUCCACCCCUCUCCCAACCUCACCUCCACCAUUCUCCCAACCUCACUGCCACCCUGCUCUCAAAACAUAAAUCACUCCCAUCAGUUACAGUUUUGGAAAAUCAGGUGGGAGAGGUUAUUGACAUAAGUUUAUACCCCUAAUGGAAAAACACCUCAGCUUCGCCCUUGUAGUCAGUGUAGGGAGAUUUUUGCAGUGUGAGCAUUUGAAUACAGUCUGACCUGGUGAAUCUCCUUCAGUUAUGGUUCCCUCUGGGAUUCAGGUUUGGAGAUAGACGCUAUUUAGCUGUUUUCAUUGGCUUUCACCAUGGGUCAUGGAAUUUAAUGGAACACACACACACACACACACACACGAUAGGUUGGGAGCAGCCACAUGGUCAGCCACAGAGCCGCCCCCUUGGAGCAGGUAGUCUCCCAAACCAGACUCUGUAGUCUCGCAUUUGCCAAGCCAGACACUAUAGAGCAGGGGUAUUCAACUCUUACCCUAAGAGGUCCGGAGCCUGCUGCUUUUCAGUUCUACUUGAUAAUUAAUUGCACCCACCUGGUGUCCCAGGUCUAAAUCAGCCCCUGAUUAGAGGGGAACAAUGAAAAAACUCAGUGGAACUGGCUUCGAGGUCCAGAGUUGAGUUUGAGGGCUAUAGAGCAUGAGGCAUCAUUCACAUAGGCCAGAUUGGAGUUUGGCUUAUUCUUGACACAUUGGUAUUUAGAGGCUAAGAUCAGAGGAAAGCCAAGGAAUUAAAGGGGGGUAUUACUUCUAUAGACCCCAAGUAUAUCAUCAAUGCUCUGAGGAGAAUCAGGCAAGCAUUGACAGAGUCCCAGAUGAUAUGUGACUGAUUUACAUUUCAAGCCAGUCACCUUCCUUGAGUUUUAGGCCACAUUAAUCAAUGUAAUGUGUUUUUGUCCUUCACAGUAUAACAUUGUGGAGCUUGAGGAAAGACCCCCACUAAUCCCUACCUUUAUAAUGACUAACGUUGUAAAUAAAGUGCAAUCUAAAACAUGAUAAUACAUAAAAUAGCCCGGUAUGCCAUCUUUCAGUUCCACACACACACAAUAUCAUGUAAUAAUAUUUCCCAUCAUAGUGAAAAGUUAAAAAACGUCCAAUCAGCUUUGCGCUAUUUCUUCCAUUCCAUUCCUUCACAAAAAGGACGUAAAUAGCAACAGGAUUAGACAGUGGGUCAACACCACAUCUAGUGGCAAAAUUGUACAGCUUUCUCACCCCCUGAACUCUGAAGCACCCAAGGGAACCUAUUAUGUUGUGUGGAUUGGUGAAAAUAAAAUAUUCCAUAGUUUCAAGGUAGAACAGUAUGGUAGGUUGAUUGACAUUCUUUUACCUUUCAUGUAAAGCAUUAUGUUAAUGGUUCUGCCAGUUGAAUGAAUGCAUCAGUAUCUUGAAACAUCUACUGUGAUGACUGCUGUCUUUUUAUCUUUAGUUUUGCCAAAGUUUGAGAUCAAAUUGAACCGCAAGGAUGAGAUCAGCGUUGGUCAAGAGGAGUACAAAGUGGACGUGUGUGCCAAGUGAGUCUUCCAUGUUUGAGUACCUGAGAUUUAAGCAUUGCGGUUUACAAGUACAUCUGACAAUUGAAAAUGGUUUGACGUUUCAAGUCAAUGUGUGAGUUAUACAUAAUUAUUUUUUAAAUCAGAUACACGUAUGGGCAGCCUGUACCUGGUAAAGCAGAGGUAGAGUUGUGCACAAUUUAUUGAUAACACUUGAAUUCGAUGAAGACAAUCCACAAGGAGUUCCUACUUACACACCCCCCUGUCAGAAAGAGUCAAUAGAGGUAUGUAUGCCUUCCUGACAUAGUUUUCACCAGGAUUGUUUGGGACAACAAGGUUCUAAAUUUUGUGAUAUGGUUGAAUUAAGUUAAUUUAACUCUCCCCAAUUAUAAUGUUAGUGGCUUUGUUUUCUUUUCCUAGAUGGACCAAACUGUCUGUGCCUCUCAUGUCUUCAACAUGUCAACUUUCAUGAAUGAUAGCAAGAAAAUCCUCAGAGACAAUCUUAUAUUUAAUGCAAAAAUAGAGGAGGAAGGCACAGGCAAGUCAUUAAUCACAUCAGUGUAAAUGUAAUGGGAAAGUGAAGAGAACAUUGCCUGAAUAAUAAAUAAAAAAAUCUAUGUUUAAUUGUAUCAUAAUGAUUAGGCCUGCCUUGUUUGUCCUUUGGUACCACAUUGCAAUGUAUUUCCCUUUGACAGGCAUAACACAGUCUCAAGAAAAACGCAUCACACUUUCCUAUGUCAUUGGAAAGCUCUCACUUGUCGACACACCCAAAAUGUAUGAACAUGGAUCAAUUGUAGAGGGUAAGGAAUGUCCAAAUACAGCAUUUUGUAGACACUAUACACUUGACUUGUGUACACAAGGGGCAUUUUUGUAUUGUGGAUGCCAUUUGUUCUUUGAGAUUUCUGCUUCACUCGAUGUGGCUGGUAAAAAUGAAAUAUAUGACCAUUCAAAACACACUUUUCCUCAGAUUAAAGUUGUUCACUUCAAUGACACACCUAUUUCCGACAAGUCAGUCUAUCUGUUUGAGGGCCAAAGGUGGUCAGCACGUCAUCUAUAGAACCUAACCACGGACAGUCAUGGUAUUGCCAGUUUCUCCCUCAACACAACUGGAAUGCCCAAAGAUGAUUUUGCUCUCACAGUAAGUGUGAUUCCUCUUACUUUUUAAAUGAAUAGUUCACCCAAAUUACGAAAUGUGUUUACUUUACCUUGUAUGCAAUCUAUGGACAAGGACAGAUUGCAAAAUAUGCUUUGGUUUUGUGUUCCUAGCCACUGUCACAAACUGCAAACUUUAGCAUUUUCUAACCAAAUCUAUUGGAAGUCAAUGUACCCGAUAUAAUCAUGUUUCAAAUGUCAUGUCCAAAUCAUCUGAAAGUAACUUCAAACCAAGUUAUUGAGCUCAGCUACACAAUCCUUGUCUUUGUUUUUGACUGCUGUAAACAUUGGAGAAAUUCAAUGAUGUCUCCCUUUCUUGCUUCGCAGAUAAGCCACACACUAGAAUUGGGGUAUGCUGUAUACAGUGUCCCUUAUUUUCAAAGAGGGGAACACAGACUUUCACUGAUCCAGCCCACUUCCCCUCACAGUAAAACAUCCAGCUCUCUGGCUAUUCAGAAGAUGGAGAAACCCCUGGCAUGUGGGGAGGAAGGGUCAAUCACCGUCCAGUGCACCAUCGUAGGGGAGACCGCCCCAAGGGGCUCUGUUGAUGUCAUCUACCUG